GUUCGUCAGCUUCUUCACCAGGAACUACAGGGCGCCGACGACGCCCGAGUCCCUGAUGAAGGCCUUCGAGGCGUUUGACAGCGACGACACUGGCAUCUUAACCCUCGCCAAGCUGGAGGCCAGCUUGCGCCCGCCCCUCCGCGGCCCCCGGCUCCGUGCCCGCGGACGACGUGGCCGCCCUCCUGCAGGAGGCCCAGGCCGACAGCCGGGGCCUCUUCGACUACAAGAGCCUUGCCAAGAGGCUCUGUGGCGCGCCGGCGGCGGGUCGUCCGCCGGCGAGUGCGGAGUAGCCCACUGCUGA